CUCAAGAUUUGAUCAUUAUUUGUUGCAUGUGACGAUUUUCUAUAUUUCAUCUUAAAUUAAUCUCGAUCCCUUCCAUUCCUCCCAGCAGUCUGUUGUAUUUAAAUGUCAGUUUCUGAUCAAUAGCUGAUUAAAAAAGCAAUCAAAAGUCAUACAACUGAACCUAAUACAUCUUUGGUCUUAUCAAUGUUUAUUGAUUUCUUCAAAACCUCAUCGACCGGCCCAAAGAUGUACAAUACUUUUUCUUUUUUAAAUACACAACAAUAUCUAGAAAUAUUUACCAGAUACAGCAGCCCGAAAUGUACAAGCAUUAGAUUAGAAUAUAUUACAUAACAAACUAUCAAAGCGAGCAAACAAAUGCAAGCUGCAAGAACUUUCUCAGCCCAAAUGAUUUAUAAACUGGUGUUUUGGUUAUUUUUAGUAUUAUGCUCAGAUAUACGCAUACAUUUUUGAAGGUUGUUUGAACAAUAAAAAUAGCUCUAGUUUCCAAGACAACAGCACUGUAUCACUUUAUUGUAUUUUUUUUUUUUUUGAUUCGACAAAAUUGCUGGUUUUGUCAGCGAUGCCAUUUUUCUUCAUCUCUCCUCCGCCUCCCUUCCAUCAUUCCUCCCCUGAUAAUACAGACCACUGACUGUGCGUCACUCCUUCAGUGCUUCACUCCGUUCAUCUCUCCACUCAGCAUCCAUCCAUCCAUCCGUCCUCCUCCAGCAGCACCAUGGACAGCACAGUUUCAGCCUACUCUGAGAAGCUGAGAGAGAUGUCAAUGUUGUCUCUCCUCUGCUCCUGUUUGUAUUCCCAGCCGCAUCCCAACAUCUUCGGUCAGUUUGAAGAUAUGGAGGUGAAGUCGCUGGAUAAGCGAGCUUCUGGCCAAGCAUUUGAGGUCAUCUUGAAGAGUCCAACUGACCUGUCCCCAGAGAGACCCCAGACUCUGGCACUGCCUCCCCAGAAGAAGGAGCCUUCCCUGGGGGAACUUCAGAAGAGGCUGGAGGCCGCCGAGGAGAGACGGAAGUCUCAGGAGAAGCAGGUGCUGAAGCAGUUGGCGGAUAAACGGGAGCGUGAGAAGGAGGUGCUCACCAAGGCCCAGGAGGUCAACAACAACUACAGCAAGAUGACCGAGGAGAAACUCCACCACAAAAUGGAGCUGAUUCAAGAAAACCGCAUGGCCCGUCUUAAUGCUCUCAAACAGCGUCUGAGAGAGAAGGAGCUUCAUGCUGCAGAAGUCCGUAAGAAUAAGGAACUUCACACUGAGCUCUCUGGCUAAGGACACUCUUUGACGCCAGAGCUGUGAGACGUCCAAUCACGGCUGCAUUUGGAUAAUAUCUCAUUCUCUGGCCACAGUCUUAAGAGGUCAUAUCAUACUCACCUUAUCGGUUUUCCUUUCCAAUAAAUGUCUGAGCAUAUAACAGCAUCCCACAUACACUUGUGUGGACAAAAGUAUGUGAGCACCCAAACACCACACCCACACAUGCUUGUUGAUUGUUUAAUUUCCAAUGCAUGGGCAUUAACAGGCAGUUUGUUCUUCAUAAAAUGUCUAGUUCUUUCGGGAGUCAUUAUUCCAGUUCAUCCCAAAGGUAUUCCGGUCUGGACUUUGUGAAGGCCAGUCAAAAUCUUUCACAUUUCUUGAUGGACUUUGACUUGUGUGGUGUUCCUGGAUCAACAUCUUCUGUUGAUCCUAGAACAAGAAGUCUUUUCCCUAUCCCUAAAACCAAUUUUUUAUUAAAAUGUAUGGCUAAAACCUGAGAGAAGUUGGAAUGUUGCUUAGGCUCCAGUCCUGAGCCAAACCCUAUAACAAGUACUUAGAAUUUCUGAAACUGAAAAAAAUUCGUCCAAAGCUGUUGAACAAUCUCUUGACUGCCACUUUAUGGAGUAGCAUUAAGAUUUGGAGUUAUCUGACUAGCCAAACGCAUUUAUUGUAAAAUCAUGAAAUGUAUCUGCCUGCUGAAAAAAAACAACAACUUGGACCAGCUUAAAGACUUGUUUAUAGAUUGGUAUUAGUGGUAUGUUACUCAACACAAGCUGAUUAAAAGGGUUAUUGUUGCCAAUAGACCAGCUAGUUGAGUGGUUAAGCUAAAACCAGCAUGAAACUGUCAAAACAUACCUUAUUUGUAACCAGCAAUGGUAAAAUGUGGUCAUUUAGUCUGGUCUAGGCUUUUAUUUAGCAGGUCUUAAUCUCACAAACUUGUCAAAUCUAACAAAAACCAUAGUUGUAUCCACAUUCACGCUGCACUUUAUAGGAUAAGAUUCAUUCACAUGAGAGUUUAGAUUCAUUUCAAGGGCCACUGACUCAGAUUUGUGGGUUUGUUUUUCAGUGACCUGAAAGAGAAAUGUCUAAGCUAUAUGCUGCUAACUGAUUACUGAAAACCAUUUAAAAUAAGAUUAAAGCAUAACAAGUUCGUAAGAAAGGGUCUCUGUCAUUUUUGCAAUGGAGGGAAACUAAGAACGCAUUCAAGAGAUUAUUUAUGUUGGCAGCACAUCAGAAUUUCUAAUUUGUUUAUCACCGUUUAUAGCAAUUUAGUGUCUCCUGAAGAUUCUGUCUCUUGCUAUUUUUUUCGUUUCAUGUCUAAGUUUCUGAUUAGGUAUUGAAUAUGGAAAUGACUGAUGCAGUAGUUUCUGAGUAUAGUUUCUAAAAUACUAUGCCUGUAUUGCUGCUGAUAAGACUCAUACUAUCAAGUACUGCUUAAUCAGUCAUUGAAGCGGCGUAAAAUAAGGGUGUUUUUGUGUUCAUGUUUUUUUUU